AUGCCGGUGUGUCUUUAUCAUAUGCUGGAACACCUCCGGAGACGCCGCGCCGCGCCCGGAAGCAAUGGUACGUGGGUGCUCUGGAUCAGAGCAUGGAAUGGGAGCAUCGGUGGCAGCGGCAGUGCUAAGGGUGGUAGUAGAGGUUCAGGUGGGGGUGGUAGGAGUAGUGGUGGUGGUAGUAGAGGUUCAGGUGGGGGUGGUAGGAGUAGUAGUGGUGGUAGUGGUGGUGGUAGUGGUGGUGGUAGUGGUGGUAGUGGUGGUGGUAGGAGUGAGGGGUACCUGCGCCUCGGCUUGGAAACGGGUGACUGA